CUCUGGGACCGAUAAAAGGUGCUCUAAAUUCAGAGAGCGACUAUAGUCCUCCUCGGCACAUAACAAUUUGAAAGAAGAGCAAAAAAAACAAGGUUUUUUACAGCAAAAUGAAGUUUCUUCUCCUCACAACAUUUGUAGCAACCGUCUGCUAUGUCAGUGCAGGCAAGAAACAGAGGAUGCUGGCCGCUAUGAACGGUAUGAACGGAGGGAUGAACGGAGGGAUGAACGGAGGGAUGAAUGGAGGGAUGAUGGGAGGUAUGAACGGAGGAAUGCCAAAUGGAGUGAACCCUGGGAUGAUGGGUGGAGGCCUGAACACACGCAUGGUAGCUGGUGGUGGGGCCGGUUUCAUCGGGCAGCCGCAGUUUGCUCAGUUUGUUCCCGGACUUCCUCCUUUUGCUGCACCGGCGCCCUUUCCUAAUAUGUUCGCUGCCCCUGCAGUCAACGGGUUUCCUUUCAUGGGAGUCCCUCAGAUGGCACAAAUGAAUCCUCAGCAGCCUCUGAUGGGGCUCACCGGCGGUGCCAUGCAGCAACAGCAGCUUCCUCUUCAGCCUGAUCCAUUCAGAAGAUUCAAGCGUCAGAUUAUGAAACAGGACAACACCUUAAAGACCACUGUGGAUACUCAGAUUCAGGCUCCCACUGAAACCGCAACAACAAUCCCCUGUGACGACGAAGAUCAUCAUGAGGAUAAUUAAGAUGUUAACUUUUAAUCAAAUAUGCAAAAAUGAUCAAAGUGAUAAUGAAACCCUGACUUUGUCUAUCACCAAUGA